GAGUCCAGACCCUCUCUGGGAGUGGGGUCUGUGCCUGCUGCCAGCAGCCUGGGAAGCCACAACCCCUUCUGGGAGCAGCAAGCUGUGGCUCAGCCCGGGGCUAACCCCAGCCAAACAUCCAACCUCCUGCCUAAGGCACUGCCAGAGCCUGGGGACAGUGGGCAACAGCCAGGAGGGGGCCCCUGGGAGUGCCCUCAUUCCCCUCCCCAGCCAUGGCCCAGUCCCCAGUGUGCUCUGGGUGCCACACAAGGCUGCAUUCAUCCAGGCCUGGGCAAUUAGGGAGGGAAGGGGCAAGGCUGUCACCCAAGACGGGCACAAGAGAGCCCUGUGCUUGUGUAACCUGUUGCAUAAAGUGGGGGGUGGGCAGGGGGUGCUGCCAGCAGCAGGGGCUAUAAAGGUGGUGCAGCCUGACCUGCCUGCACCCAGCUCUUGCAGCAAGCAUGGUGCUGAUGCUGCCCAGCCUGGCUCUGGCCCUGCUCUGCCUGCUGCAGGCAGGGGCUGAGGUCCCUGUGCAGCCAGACUUCAGCGCCGAGAAGUUUGCAGGGCCCUGGCAUCUCGUGGCUGCCGUUUCCAACUGCUCCGUGUUCCUGAAGAUGAAGGAUGAGAUGAAGUCAGCCAUCAUCACCAUCAGCCUCCUGCCAGAGGGGGACCUGGCUAUGAAGAUCCUCUGGCCCCUGAUGGACAAAUGCCAGAAGUUUGAGCUGCAAUUCCAGCAAAGUGGGCAGGCAGGGCACUACCUGGCAGAAGAGAAGAGGGAACUGCGUGUGCUGGACACCGACUACAGCCACUAUGCCAUCCUGCACGAGGCCCAGUGGAGUGGGCAGAGGCCCAAGACCAUGCUGCAGCUCUUCACGAGAGAGCAGGACCCCAGCCCCCAGCUGCUGCAGACGUUCAGAGAGCUCAUCCCCGCCGUGGGCCUGACCGAGGACAUGCUGGCAGUCCUGCCCCCCUCUGAUCAGUGCACCGAGGCCACCAGCUGACAGGGCCAACACCAGGGCCAGGAGUGCUCCAG